AUGGCUCGGGAUGGUCCCGGCUGUGAGCAGAGAGGCACUAGCAGGUGUCCGAAGUUUUUCUCCCCAGGGCCCGAUCCUGCGCUCUCUGGAAGCUGCGGCGAUUGCACGGGAGCAUUGGCUUCAGGGGGAGUCGCAUCAGAAGCAAGGAGAUCAGACAAAGAUCUCCCAACAUCUGAAACAUCAAAUGUUACCUCGGCAUACAGUUCGUUUCGGGGACACCUGAGCCCCACCGCCUGCACCUUGAGGAAGCACAAGACGAAUAGGAAGCCCCGAACCCCAUUCACCACCUCCCAGCUGCUGGCUCUGGAGCGCAAGUUCCGCCAGAAGCAGUAUCUGUCCAUCGCGGAGAGAGCCGAGUUCUCCAGCUCCCUCAACCUCACAGAGACCCAGGUCAAAAUCUGGUUCCAGAAUAGGAGGGCCAAGGCCAAGAGACUGCAGGAGGCCGAGCUGGAGAAGCUCAAAAUGGCAGCGAAGCCCAUGUUGCCUUCAGGGUUCAGCCUCCCUUUCCCCAUCAACUCUCCCAUCCAGGCCGCCUCACUGUAUGGAACAUCCUAUCCUUUUCACAGACCUGUGCUUCCUAUUCCGCCUGUUGGACUCUAUGCUACUCCUGUUGGAUAUAGCAUGUACCACUUAUCCUAAGAAGAUCAGAAAGACAAAGCGACAGUGAGAAGGACUUCCUGGUGGAUCUUGUCCAACCUUGAGAAGGCAGUACCCCAACCAGUACUGGCAAUUCUUUCUGCACGCUUUUAUCUGCCAUCCCAAGCGUACAGGAGUUUGCGUUAGCAAAGCAAGGCAUCCUGUAUGCUACAGGUUGGGUGUCUUCUGAGAGUGCUCUGAGCAGUCAGUGUCUGAUCCUCAAAGAAAAAAAAAUGUAAAAACAAAAAACAAAAAUAUUUGAGCAAAUGUAGGGGUUUUAUACAGUGCACAUAAAGCUAGAAUAAAAAGGAAUGGGUGAGAAAACACUCUUGUCUUAUGGAGGCAGAUCCCUUCCUAAUGGGUCCCAACACAUGUUUAAAGGAAGAGGGGUGCAUGCCCUAAACCCACACUCUCAAAUCUCAUCAGUUAAUAUUAGGGGGGGGGAAUAAAAAGAAAUAAAAAAGUAUAUAAUCACUUUUUUUUUUAAGAAAGCAGAGACCUUAGCUAGAGACACUGUGUAAAUAGCAACUAGACCCAGUAGAGUCGGAGUGAAGUUCAGAGCCAGCAAGUUCCUGCAUUUCUGGGGGUAGAGGAAGUUUUUGCAUCCCAAAUCUCAGUAGCUGUCUGCAGUUAAGAUGACUGUCAGGGUCCCUAUGUGCAUAAAGCAGAGCAACAGCUUUAUCCACCAUUGGCUCCUGUAUUGCCUUUAUCUGUAUAAAUCGCCUCAGCAUUUGUAAAGCACUGUGAGGGGAGGUAAAGUGCAAGGGAGGGUUAUUAGGCAGUCUGGUCUUUAUCUCUUCCUAUUGGCAUGCUCAGAAAUUUUUCUCUACAGCCAGGCAAUCUUGGCUCUGCAAUGCUCUUUGAAAACCAGGACAGAGGGAAAGCAGCUUACCGGGGGAGGAAGAGGUGGGUUGUUUCCACAGUGGUAGUGAGCAAAGGAUUGUCAGACCUUUCUGUGGAUAUGUUUGGGUUUUUUUAUUAUUGUUUGCAACAGUCUGUACUUAAAUAGAAGAAGAACCCCCCCCCUCCAGUCUUCCUCUCCUCCCUUUGCAAAGGAUUCCAUUGUUAAGUGACUCAUUCUCCAACCCCUUCUUAAGAGAGAUCCAGAUAUCAAAAACAAACAACCCUACUAGUAGGAUGUUGGGGUGCCAAGAGACUAUGUAACCUGUCUGUCCCCGUGGAAGCUCCCCAAGCGCUGGCAGUAUCUUCCCCAGGCUUCUCUUUAUAACUAUUGUAUUAUGUGUAUUAUUCUUGCUAAACCUUGUGAGAAAGUUACUCCAAAAGCCACGGAGCACUGGAGGCAGAGCUUCUCCUGGAUUUAUUUUCUUAGCAUGUUGUGGAAGAAAUCAAAAAAAA